GUGAUGACGUCAUCUACUACCGUGGGACCUACAUCUACGCAGCCUGUGUCGGGGUCUAGUGGUUCCUCUUCGGCGGCGUCGACGGUGUUGCUCUCCGAACAGAACAACAGCGGGGAGAUUAGGGAGUUGGCAGAGCAGUUCCUUGCGAAGAUCAAGAGGCUUGCACCUUUGCAAGCGGUCACGGACAACGCCGUGGUGGACUUGGAGCUCUUGCUACGCUCCCAAGGCCUUGGGGAGAGCCACGGCAUGGCUUUGCUGGACAGCGGGGCCUCACAUGCCUAUAGGGCCCCCAAAACGCUCGAGGAGGCAAAGGAGGCGAAGCAGGUCAAGGUGCAGCUCGCGGAUGGACGCCAUGUAUUCCUUCGGCAAACCAAAGGGGGCACAUUGCUGGCGGAGGACGACAGCGGUGGGACAAUCCUCCCUUUGGGAAGCCUGGUGAGUUCCUUGGGAUGCAAGCUGGAUUGGAGCAAACGAAAGGGCCUUCGCAUAACGCACCCCGAGCACGGCUUGUUACCAACAAAGCUGGUUGGCAACACCCCGGUCCUCCGUGAAGCCGAAGCGCUCCAGUUGAUUGCGGACCUGGAGCAGCUAGAGCUCGACAAGCUGGAGAAGAACAACACGGAUGGAGUCCUCAAGAUGAUGUCGGCCGAGGAGACUCAACUCACGUGGCUGGAUCACCUGGAGGAGUUUAUACAAAAGGGUGAACGUGCCUGCUUGAGGAGGAUGCUCUUGGAUGAAGAGUCCCCGUUGGAUGCGGUGGCCGAGGCGGAGGUUGCUGGCAUGAUUGGUGUCGACGAUCGCAUCCUCUUGUCCGACGAGGCGGCACUACCUGAAGGCGCUCCCCAUCAACAGGGCUAUGAGGAUGUGACGGUGAUCCGAAUGGAUGUGCGAGACUCCAAGGCCUAUGACCUCAAGACGUAUGGACCAGCUGCGAGACUGCUCCUGUGGGCAGCAGCCAGGGGCCAGAUCGAGGGCAUCAUUGGGGCGCCCCCCAGAGGUGCCGAGCACGGCCCGGCGCUGCUCAAGAGAAUGUUGUUGGUUUGGCUGGUGGCGAACUCCGGUGCGGUCCUCAACUCCCUGUGCGCACCCUUUUUCUGUAUGGAGGCCCCCACUUGGCAUCCUUUGUGGACGAGUUCGGCAUGGAUCAAGUUCAAGGACGAGAUGCGGUUCCUCAAGUACCACUCAGUGGGAACACCAGGCAACAUGUACUUUAUGGCGUCCUCAUUGGGUUUGUCGGAUGGGAUGGACAUUGAGGAAGCAGCUAUCAUGAGCUUGAACUAUGAAACCCCAGCUUCCUCUUGGCCGGUGCCUUUGAAACUUGGUAUAGCCCAGGCCAUACUCAACUGGCGCCGCAGCGACCUACGAAGGCAUGAGGCAACAUUGUGCAAGAUCGUGGGCUCCCGGGAACUCAAUGCGAAGGACCUGGCCUAUUGGGAAACCCAUGUACGCAACAACCACGUCCCCUACGAUCGCCGUUGUCAGACUUGUGUCCGGGGAAGUGCAACAGGAAGGGCGCAUCGGAGAUGCUUAACCCCGAGUGCAUACACGUUAUCCUUGGAUAUUUGCGGCCCUAUGAGGACUCGAGGGGAAACUCAAGAAGGCAAGAAGUUCCGCUACCUGUUGGUUGGGGCUUAUUCACAUCCAAAGCUGGAUUUGCCAAGGGACCACAAGUUGCCUGCGGUUGAAGAAGAGGAUGACAUCGAGCCUGAGUUGGAUCCCUUCGAGGAGGAGGACAAGACCGACGACCCACUUGAGGAGGAGGAUGAAGAGCAGAAGGCCCUCAACGAGAGGUUCAAGCGGAUCUACAAGGACAUCGGUGACGACAUUGAGUGCCAGACGCUUAACUUUGUGGUCCCGAUGACGUCCCGCACAUCCAAGGAGGUGCGGGCGAAGAUCCAGCACAUCUAUCUUCAACUCCGUCAGCAUGGGCUACCUCUUGUGCGAAUACACUCCGACCGCGGCUUGGAGCUCAAGGCCAAGGAGACCCGAAGCUGGAUGGCAGACAGGGAUAUCUUGGCGACCACUGGGGAGAGCCAGCAGCCGCAGCAAAACGGACGAGCUGAGGCUUUGGUCCGGGAGAUCAAGCGCCGCGUGAAGGUCCUACUCAGGGCCUCGGGCCUCCCAGCGACGUGUUGGCCGGUGGCAGCUGAGUUUGCAGCAAGGCGACAAAGGGAUUUGGCCCUAGGGAACUACGAGGACAAGGACCUUGCCUUUGGAGCCCCGACGCACGUGAAGUACAAGCGCUUCGGUGAAGGAGGACGAUAUGACCUACUGGAGCGAUGGAAGGAGGGCCUAUUUGUGGGCUACUCCAAUGAUGUGAAGGGUGGCCGUGUGGUGCGUCAUGAAGAUGGUUCCUACACGACUUCAGUCCACAUCAGACCUUAUUUGGUGGAUUCGGACGAUCUGGUGCAGCUUGGACCUCAUGAGGUUGAACUUCCACUACCAGAACGGAGAACUCGGGGAAAAACCACUUUGGCUAAGGCCAUCGUGGACGCCAACAACGACAUCGACAACCUCGCGAAAUCGUUCCUCAACAACAACCAGUUCCAGCCCGAGCAUGUUGUUGAGUUGUGGGAACUCCUCAAGGCCAAGGCCAGACCAACCUCAAGAACCACCCAGGGAGAAGGACUUCAAUGGUUGAUUGGCCAGUACACCUACGGGAGCCAAUGUGGGAUUGUAAAAGACACGUACCUCCACCCCGCGGUGACUGUCUACCUGGUACGAGCCUUCAAGGAGAUGACCGGGAGGGACGACUUCACGGCCUUGCUUCUCACCGAGAAUGUGGGUAUGAAGUGCCACCGCGACGUUCACAACAAUGGUGCCCGAAGUAACUGGCUACUUCCUCUACAACAAUGCGAAGAAGGCGGAGGUGUGUGGAUGGAGUCUUCACCCGAGUCCUACAGCUACGACGAUGAGUGGCGGGAGUUGCCAAAGGGAGGAUGGAGAAGAGGUCGUGUUCAUGAGCUACAACCUGGCGUUCCUUUGGAAAUCAACCCCAGGCGCUACCAUGCCACAGAGCCCUGGACGGGGGCGAGACUUGUGAUCACCGCCUACACCCCAAGAACUACAAGCAUGAAACAUGACACCUAUGAGACCCUCUGUGAGUUCGGUUUCAACCCACCUCCUCUACUACCUCGUGUACCUGAUCAACUACAACAAACAGUGUUGAAGAUGUUGACUAUGACCAAGGCCAAGGAUGAACCCGAGGCGGUGAUGUUUUUGGUCAACGAGGUUGAGGAGGAGAAGCGCGAAAAGGCAAGGGAUGUCAGUCGGGAACUACGGCAACUACAAGAUGACGUGUUGAAUCGCCUCAAGGAGAGGCGUGAGUGGCUGCGCGAGUUCCUAGCUGAGGAGGAGAUCCUUGCUGAGGAGCUGAAUAUUGUGGGCGAGGCCAUCAAUGAGGAGAUUGAGGGUGUCAACGGUGCAGUUCGUGACCUUAUCAAGGACGUGGAGGAGCAGAUUCAGAAGACCGAGGAUAAGUGUCACAAAUUGUACCUGAGGGUGGCCAAUGUCAAUGAUGACAAGGAGAUUGGGGACAUUGAGGAGUAUUUGUCCAAUCUCAAGAAGGACCUGGAUGUCACGCUGGAUGUUCCCCUCGACCAAGUCAAGCGCAACCUGGACAAAUGGGUCGAUCCCUUGAAGAAGGAGCUCUCGAACCUCGAGGAGAAAACGGACGCGAUUGAGCGCCGACCCAUCGCGGAGGCCAGGGCAAUGGAGCGUGAGGGCAAGCUUAUCCUGAUCCCAGGGAAGGUUGUGUGCACAGUCAAACCGCCACCCCCGCCAGAGGCAAAUGUUUCCAAGGAUCAGCAGCCACGUUGGAAGCGCAAGGCCAGGGUAGUGAUCUGUGGCAACCAUGCAGGGCAAUGGCACGACCCUAACGACCUCUUCGCGGCCGGAGCAAGCGCUGAGGGACUACGGUUGGCUCUCGCACUCGCGGUGGCUAUGUCCUGGAGCGUGGCAUCUACGGACGUGUCUGCGGCCUUCCUGCAGGCGCUAUGGCCAGCGAACAGGCCCACCUACGGCGUGCUGCCGCCAAGGGUUCUCCUGCAAGCGGGUUUGGUGGAACCGGAGGUGGUAUUUAUCGUGAAGAGGGCGCUCUACGGAUUGCGGGAAAGUCCCGCACUGUGGGCAGCCCACAGGACAGAGGUCCUCAAGGAGUUGGUGGUGGACAACGGAGACGGGCGAAUCUUCCUGAAGCAGAUGAUGACGGACAGUGAGUUGUGGAUGAUUCUGGAGGAGCCUAAGAAUGGCGGCCAACCGAAUCUGAAGGGCAUCCUUGUGACGUAUGUGGAUGACAUCCUCUACCUGGCUGAUACCCCGGUAAUCGAACUUUUGCAUGAGAGCAUUGGGGCUAUCUGGCCCUGCUCACCGCUGGAGUAUGCGACGGACGGCCUGAGGUAUUUGGGGAUGGAACUCAAGCAAGAGGAAGGGUUCUUCACCCUUUCUCAAGAAGCCUACAUUACCAAUCUGGUGCGCCUACAUGGUUUGGAUGUUGAUGUCAGUGCGGGACUUCCUUGCCCCAAGGAGUGGAUUCAGGAGGAUGAUGCGGAGGCAGAGGAGGAGAACUACAGUUCUUCAGAGCUGAUGAUGGCUCAGAAGGUUACUGGAGAAUGCCUCUGGUUGGCUUAUCGUACACGCCCCGACAUCCUUUACGCUACGAACUAUAUGGCUGCAAUGACUACCAAACGACCUGUCAAAGUGUACCAGAUUGGUCUUAAGGUGAUGUCCUACCUGAACGCCACUGCGGGCUUGAAGUUGAAGGUCGAAGCUUCAGCAGAGACCGAAGCAACAACAGCCACAACAGCUUCAACAGAGAUCGGAGCCACAACAGCCACAACAGCUUCAGCAGAGAUCGGAGCCACAACAGCUACAACAGGGGUCCAGGCUUCUAGGCACUAUGCGGGAUUCAAGGUAGGCCGCGAGCAAUUUACUCAAUGGUUCCACUGGGAGCUGGCGGACGAGACAUUUAAGGAUUCGGGGAUUCGGCAUGCCUAUGUGAUGGACCGCGUCAAGAAUGGAGAGCUCUACGUCCAGCAUUUGGCUGGAGAGGACCAACCUGCUGAUCUACCGACAAAGCUGCAUUCCAAGGCACGGCUACUGCACCUACUUGGGACCUGGGGGAUGAUAGGAAAGGCGCUGGGUGGAUGGGCCUAUCCGAGGCUCUUCGGGUCGAAGCGCGAAAGGAAGAUUCGCAAGCUGAAGGAGCUCGCGAGGAUCGCAGCCGAGGCGGAGAUCGAGAAGUGGAUGGAUGAAGAUGAUGUUCCUUCAAGCGAGCGGGUGAUUCAAGCCGCGCGACAGAGGGCUCUGACCACGGAGCCCGACUACCACGACGAGGCCUAUGGCCCCAAUGAAUGGCAAUUUGAUCGCGAGCGGGUCGUUCAAGAUGCUUUGGGGCUGUUGACAGUCCAGCACUUACGUGAUGGCUUGGCCUCGGAGGGCCUCCCUGUGAGCGGUGUAAAGAGUGACCUCACGAGGAGGUUGGGCGGCCAACUAGGCGAUGAACCCCCGCCGGCUCAUUUGCCGACGACUCGCCAGCUUCGCUACGUCCUGUGGACCUGGAGGCAUUUUCAGCUGGCGGGCCGGACGCAGAUCCUAUGGGUCAACCUGGCGACGAGAACAGCAGUGUCCGAGUGGCUG